AGGCAGGCGCCGGCCAUGCAAACUGCCUUGAGAAGUGCCAAGUCUGCUGAGAACGACGAGAAGGACGUUGAAAGGUGUGCAGGGCCGUCUGCAAAGCAAGACGGAGAGGCUGAAAGCUGGGCUGAAGGGGCUGGUGAAGUCAGAGAAAUUGAUGUCCGGUUGGAGAGUGCCUUUGAGCUUGUGCUAGAAGAGGCUGAUAAACAACCCGAGCUUGACCAGAUCGCUGUCUGCAGGGAAGAGAGCGGUGAGAAUGGAGGAAGCUUUGAUUAUGAUGAUGAGUGGGCAACAAAACAUUACUUGAAUAAUUCCCCGGAACCACCACCUUUGACUUCACCAAUCUUGACGCCAACUAAAGGCCAAGCUGCUGAUCUUGAACUUCAAGAUAAAAUGGCAACCAGUCCUUCAGUAGCAGGGGCUUCUGUACUCGAGAACACACCAGUAAAGUCGCAUGGAAGUGAAAAAGUUUUGGCAAAUGGUGAGUUUACUUGACAAUAUAAAAAAUGGAUAAAAUUACUCCUUUCACCGGAAACUUACUUUAUUAAAUGUCUCAUUUUUUUAAAUCAC